AUGAGACACAUUGUGAUAUUUAUCAUAGUAAUUAAUGUAAGUCUUAUAACAAGUCGUCCUAAAGAUUAUCUUUAUAGGAACUUAACAUUUAAUAAUGGAAAUAUUGGAACAAAUAAAAAUGUAAAUUCUACAACCUCUACUGAUAAACAAAGGAUAUGCGAUUCAUCAACAAGGGAGUGUGUGGCAUACGAGAGUGGAGAACAUAUUGGAGUCUCAAAUCCGCCACGACCACCGAAGACUGCGAAUGGUUUAGGAGUAAGCGAAGAUAUACAUUGGUCAAGGUCACCCUACCAAGUAGAUGGAUUAAAUAAUGCACAAAAAAUUGUAACAUUUACACAUUUCAGUAAGGAUAUGCAACUUUCCGCUGAUCCGAAAUUAUUAGCUGAAUUGAAUCCUAUGCCUCCUAUCACAAGAUUACCUAAGGUUUUGGUUAACAGACAAGAUAUAGUAGGUACGAAACGGUUUGAUCCUCAGUUCUAUCAUUUAACAUCCAGAGUUACAAGGGAUGACGAUGACAUGGAAGAAUUUAUGAAACAGCUUGCACAUGACGCCAAUAUGGAUAAUAUUCUUCCAACGAUGGAAGUACCGCUUGCAAGGUCUCGUAGUUAUGGUAAUGAAAAAUCUUCAUCAGUUGCAGUGUAUCCAGGAAAUGUUAAUGAUUGUGGAGUCCCCAUAUUAUUUUCUUGUGUACCAAAUGUUAAUAUAGGAUUUAUAAGUGGAUAA